UAAGAGGUGUGCAUCAUUACUGACACCUAGAUGAACACUUUAGUUGGUUAUAUGACUGUAAGUCAUUCCCUUCAAAUGUUAUUGAAGUUAGAAUCGUGUUUAACAAUGUCGUAUGUAACUUUAGAGACGGUCCCUUAAUUUCCACAUAUCCUCGAAUACCGAACGUCCUACUUCAAACCAACUUUAUUCCAGUUUAUAUGCAAGGAUGCAGGGGUCUAUAACACGGAUUUGCAUGAUUGUGGCAGCUGCCAUUCUCAACCAUCCACUGCUUUUCCCUAAGGAGAACACCACCAUCCCAGAAGAGGAAGAUGAUGCUUUGGCCCGAAUGAAGGAGUAUGAAGAGAGGCUGCAAGCUGCACAAGAACGCCUUGAACAAGAGAUCUCAAAGGCAGAUGAAGAAGCCACAAACUCUGGCCUUGAUUACUAUGGUUGGUACUUUUGGAGCACACUUUCUCUCGUCAUUUUCUUCACUAUUGAAGUUUGUAGGCAUGAUCUGAACCCUGGUGAAACACCUGACCAUGUUGAAGAUGAAGAAGGGUACACCAACAGUGGGUCUGUCAAUCCUAAGGAUCUGACCUUAGAUAAAGGUGUACUAAGGAACCUCUGUGAGACCAACUUCCAGCCCUUUGUCCAUGAGAGUGGGAGAGUGCAGGAGUUUGUUGAAGGCUUUGCAGAUGACCUUCUGGAAGCUUUGAGAAGCAUUUGUGACCGUGAGGUUGACAUGGAGCUUGAGGACUUUAUUGGAGUGGGUAGCAUGUUUGAAUCCUGGAGAGUGUGUAAGCCUGCCACAUGUGACCUCAUUGUGCCAUUUGCAACCCCAGAUCCUUACCAUUUCCAAUUCGAACUAUGGUGCGAUGAAUCCUCUGACAUCCCACUGGACCUGCAAGGAUGUGGGAGGAUUAAGUUGGUAAAGAUUAGUGAGAAUUGUCCAGACUGCCUCUCUGGAAAAACCACAGACGAUGAGGAUAUGCUAUGCCUGCUUCACAACAGAAACCACAAUAGCAAAGCUGAUGACCAUGCUUUGGAAGAACAACUCUGCUCAAGAAACACUGAUUAUCUGUCUAAAGAUCAGGUUAUGAAAUGGUUCCAGAUCUCAGUGACAAGAGCAUGGGGCCAGAUCUCUCACAAAUAUGAAUUUGAGCUCACUUUCCGCAACCUGGAUUUCCCUGGUGCCUUGAAGGUCAGGUUCAGGUCAGGAAAGGUUAUUGUUCUAAACAUUACACUUGCUAUACAGUUUAAAGACUCACAUGCAUACUUCAUCUCUCACUUUCCUUCAGACAGUGGUAACACCACAGAUAUCCACUGGCACCUCUCAUUCACUGUUUAUGAAAGAAACUUGCUCAAACACAUGGCAAAGAUACUUCCAGAAAGCUCUUGUCACCUCCGAUGCCUUCAGCUUGUUUCUUUCUUGCACAAAAAACAGUCAGGUCUAAGAGGCAGAAGUGCCCUUACGAAUUACCAUCUGAAGACUGCAUUCUUGCAUCUACUGUUGAGUAAAUCUCCUUCAGCAUGGAGACCACAGAAUCUGGACCAGAGGUUGCGGGACUUGUUGGCUUUUCUACAGAAAAGCCUGCAGGAAAAGAGACUUGCUCAUAUUAUCAUUGGGAACCCACUUGUUCCUCUUGAACUUGGAGUUCCAGCAAUAUUUCAGGAUGCAGAACCAAUAAACCUUUUCAGGCCCCUGGUGUUACAGAGGCAGGUAUAUGCAAAGAUGGUGGAAAAUUUUGAAGAGAUGCUCAGAAAUGCACCAGCGCUUAUUCAAGAGUACGCUGCACACUACCCUAAUGGUAGACUUAAUUCAACAACCGUACGCUAGAAUGACUAACUGCAUCAAUGGAAAUUUAGGACUCACUAGCUUAGUCAUUAGCCCUCGAGACUUCCAGACCAUAAUUGUAUAAUUGUCUAUGUAAAUAGUUAUAUUUAGCACUGCAAUUACUUAAUACAAAUGACUAAAGUUGUACAUUGAUUACAAAAAGCACUUGUGAUUCCAUAUAGGCAGCUAUUACAUGCUAAUAUGCGUGGUUCAUGUUAUGUAAAUGCUUAUUUAAGUGUAGUGUUAUUUUAAACAUUUAUAUAGUUAUAUUUUAAAUAUAUAACCGUACCUCAGCAGUAUUAUUAAAACAAUGUUAUUUUUCUGUU